AUGGGCGCUAUAAGUUGGGAUGACAAUAUUACCUCGUGUCAAAGUAUUGUUAGUUAUAUUUCCAGACUAAAAUGUAGGGUUAUGACAUGGAUUAGAGCACUGCAGUUGCUGGCCGUUGUAACAACGGUACAGGCGUCGCUCAAAACUUACGAUGAGAACUUCGUGCUAGAAUUCAUAAAUCGCUCCCAAACGCUUGAUAUCAGCGACAAAUGCAAAGAAAGUCUGGGAAGGGUGCACUCUUACCUGCUGCAUCACGACACCCUCGAAACACAAGGAAUCUAUUAUUUUGAGUCAUUCGGAACAGGUCCUUCAAAUCUGUUCCUCUCGCGUGACCAGGAUCGAUGGGUUUACCGAGGAUAUGAAUGUAUCAUAGCUGCCGGAGAGACUGUAUACUCGAAGAGUGAGUAUCCUAUGCAUUUUUGCUAUGCCCAUGAGGAUAAGGAUAGUCCAGUUGAAGCAUAUGGCGUAUGCAUUCCGUCACCUUGUGCCGAGAAUCAUGUCAAGUUGCUGAAAGAAUGGAGAACGAUGACAAGACCACAAGAAGCUAAGCUUCCCAUGGAUUUCACUGCUUGUACAGGUUCACGGCAUGAAAAGCAAUGGUUCGAGCAAUUUGUGCCGGUCGCCGAUUUUGCCUUCAACAUCUUACUUGCUAUGCUUGUCGGAAUGGCCACUAUCUAUCACAACACUAGAGGAGAAACCGCCAAGUCAACGUCAACCAGGAUUUUACUUGCAUUUUCGGCUACGAAAAAUCUGCGAAGAUUGGUUCAGUUACCCAAAGACCCGCAGUCAUGCAUCACAUGCAUGUUUGGCAUGCGAUUUCUUUCGAUGGUUUGGACUCUGAUGGGUCAUUCAUUUAUUUUUGUUCAGGCGUACCUCGAAAAUGUUGAUGAUUUUAAAGACGCUAUGGUCGAUAACUUCUGGAACCAAUGGAUUACUAAUUUUACACUUAGUGUAGAUACCUUCCUUGUACUGGGUGGUACUGUACUAUCCUACACAUGGUUCAGAAAAUGGCUGAAGAACACUACAGAGGAGGAACCCACCUGGACUUCCUAUGGCUACUGGAUGCGCUUUUACAGACAUCGUGUUGUCCGACUAUGGCCUGCUUAUCUAUACACUCUCAUGGCAGUCACGUUGCGGAUAUCUGUCACCCAUUUCCAUCCCAUGUGGCCACCAACAGAUCCGGCUAUUCAGUGCCCUAAGCACUGGUUUGAGAAUGUGCUGUUCAUCAACAGCCUUUUCAAUAAUAGAUGCAUGCCAUGGACUUGGUACAUCGGUACAGAGUUUCUUUACUAUUUGGUUGCACCAAUCUUUUUGUUGUCUUUAAGACAAGCGCCAAAACUUGGAAUGGGCUUAUGUAUUUUCACUAUUCUUUUCUCCGCUGGGCUGAAUACUGUGAAGCAAAUAGAAAGCAAUUUUCCACCAACGCAGUUCCUCUGGAAACAACCAGAAAUUUUUAAUCCAAACUUCAUCCAGCACCAUAUCGAACUGUACAUAAAACCCCAGUAUCGAAUAGGACCGUAUAUCAUCGGAAUUAUCCUGGGUUAUUAUCUUGCUAAUUAUCAAAGAAUAGCAGUUAAGCCAGCACGAAGCGCUAAAUUCCAAGUUAUUGGAUGGUCGAUUGGAUUCCUGUGCGGGUUCUGGGGCCUUUUCGGCCUUUAUCCCUCUCUGCAGGGCUGGAACUGGCCGAUUUAUCAUCUUGUAUAUGGAUCUAUCCAUAGGGACAUGUUUGCUAUCGGUAUCGCCUGGCUGAUCUAUGCUUGCCAUACUGGUAUUGGUGGAAUAAUCAACAGUAUCCUUAGCGCAAAAGUUUUGCUUCCUCUUUCCAAUCUCUGCUAUUCGGUGUACCUAUUCCACAUGAUCCCUGUCGUUUUCACCUACCUACUCGUUCCAUUCCCGAUAUGGUACGAAUCCAAGGUGCCGCUUUUCGCGCACUGCAUGGUGCAAUUGGCGAUCUCGUAUGUCUUCGCCAUGAUCUGCACCCUGGUGGCCGAGUAUCCAGCUCACAACAUCGAGGCAAUUCUGCUGCAGCCUCGGCAGAAGAAGACUACGCUUAAGACGGUGCCGACGUCGAACUCGGAGCUCCAACUGAAAGGGGUUCCAAAUUUGUGAUUGUGCGCUCGUUGGGCGGUUACUGGUCCAUGAAAACUGUGUUACGGUAUGGAGGCUACCAUAGCAUCAUAUUCGAUUCAUUCUAGUAACAAAAGAUUAUCUUAAGAAUUGUCUACUCCGUGGUUGGAAUAUGACACUAAUAUGUGUGCGUUUGUAUUGUAGUGAAUGGUCUCAUCGCCACUUGUGCGUUUACCUCGUUUCAAACGUUGAUGUUGUUUCUAGAAUUUUGCUUUAUUAGACGCGACCUUGUGGACGUAAGCACGUGAAAAAAGAGAUUUUUAGAAGCUGAAUAACCGCGCGUUUCGCAGUCGCUCAGGGCUGGCUCAGUCUUCAAACAAGAGAAGAAGUACAGCUCUUACUACCUCAGCAAGAGUGUGUUUAGCCGAAGCGAUUCCAUCUCACGGGCAUCAUCGUCCAUUGUUCAGAAAUUUCGUACCUGUGCUCAGAUUGUCUUUCACUACCAGAUGUGUUCACUUUUAUUGCUAAUAUCGAUCAUUACAGCAGUUUCUGUUUAUAACAAUAAAUGUAC